GGAUGAGUCUUGACAGCCAGAAAUGAAUACCAUACGGUCAGCGUGUACCAACUGCAGCAUCGCCAAGUAACACGAAUUCAAGCAGCUCAUCAAAUACUGGGUCGCAGAGCGGAACCCUAAGUACUAGUCUGAGUAAUACCAAUACAAACACAACAAUGGGUCCUAGUAACGGUACCCAACAGCAAGGCGAGCAAUUGUCCAAAACAAAUUUGUAUAUUAGAGGAUUGCAACAAGGCACAACCGAUAAGGAUUUAGUAACUAUGUGUGCACAAUAUGGAACAAUUAUAUCCACCAAGGCUAUUUUAGAUAAAACAACAAACAAAUGUAAAGGCUACGGCUUUGUCGAUUUCGAGUUGCCAGCAUACGCCGAGGGUGCCGUCAAGGGUCUGCAAGCAAAGGGCGUUCAAGCUCAGAUGGCCAAAGUGGGUAUCUGGGUGCUUCAUAGGCCGGCCAUUCAACAAGAACAGGAUCCCACAAAUUUGUACAUUGCAAAUUUGCCACCACAUUUCAAAGAGACGGACUUGGAAAAUAUGCUCUCGAAGUAUGGUCAAGUUGUGUCAACUCGCAUAUUGCGCGAUCAGCAAAUGAACUCAAAAGGAGUUGGCUUUGCACGUAUGGAGAGUCGCGAAAAGUGUGAACAAAUUAUUCAAAUAUUCAAUGGUAAUACAAUACAGGGUGCCAAAGAUCCACUUUUGGUUAAGUUUGCUGAUGGUGGUCCAAAAAAGAAGAAUCUCUACAAGAAUCCUGAUCCAAAUGCGCGAACGUGGCGUGAUCCCGCCGAAGGGAUACCGGUCACCUAUGAUCCGACAAUGCAACAAAAUGGUGUUAGUGUUAAUGUUGGCACUCCAAUCGGUGUGCCGUAUUCACGUUUUGGUGCACCACCAGUUAGUAGUUAUCCCAUGACAGCUGGGUCACAAUGGAUUCCUGGCUAUAUGAUGACGCAACCAAUACCUCAAGUUGAGGAUCAGUACAUGCAAAUGGCUGCUGCCCCACAGUUGGGAGUUGCCUCUUACAAACCGGACGCUGUCAAUCAGGUGCAACCACGUGGUAUCUCGAUGAUGGUCAGUGGUGAUCCGUCUGUGCCAUAUGGACCAAUGGUUCCACAACUAGCAACACUACAAAUUGGCAAUUCCAAUUUCUCUCCAUCAUUACAGUAUAUUAGUCCAACUUAUCCAUAUUAUGCACAACCAACAAUUAUUCCAACAAUGCCAAUGACAGAUUCCGAACAGGCUAGCACAGCUGCAUCACCCGAUGAGGCAUAUACACAGUAUCCACAUCCAGCCGCUCCCAAAUAGGUCAUCGCGAGAUGUAAUAUUAUGAUGCCGCGAUUGACGCUCUAAUGGGAGCUGGAAAUGGAAUCGGAUAAAUGCGAUAAACAACAACAUAUGCAGUAAUAGUAUAUGCAAUAAUAAUAAAACAAAAACAACAAGAUUGAAUACGGUGAGGAGAGACAAAACGAUAGCAACACACAACAACAAUACAACAUUAAACCAAUCUUUAAACAGAAGCAACAACAGGAACAGCAACAGCGACAAGGAAAUGGGCAACAACCAACAACCAACAACAAUAAAUGUAAACAAAUUAAGAAAACAAAUACAACAAUUGCUACUAUGAAAAUAUUAAAACUGGGAACAGAUUCCAAUAUUUAUUGCAGUUUACUGUAAUGAUCCAAAUGAAAGAAAAAGAAACCAAAACUAGAGAAGCAUAUGAAGAGAAUUAAACAAAAAAUAAUACUUUAUAUUUGUAUGCGAAAAUUAUGAUUCUGAAUGAGAGUAGUGAAACAUUUUAAAGAUAAAUCAUUAAAAUGAAGAGAAAUGUAAAGACUAAGCUAAACAUACACAUACACACAUACUUAAAGAUAAAACAAAAUCAAGAAGCAACGCGCAGAAAGCUAAGAGAGAAGCAAAGUAAAGUAAAAUGAGAUUUGUAUGCAAUGAGCAUAACUUGAAAUAAGAAGCGCCAAAUGAAGGAAAAGAAAAGAAGUUGCAUAGUAAAAGAUAAAAGAUAAAGCGUAUGAAAAAAAUUUGCAGAGUAUUAAACAACAGAAAAAUGGCUGCCCAGCAAUGAUCGAAUAGGCGCGUGUGCAAAUAAAUAAAGGGGGGGGGGGGGCGGGGUAUAGGCGAAAAGCGUAAUUUAUGGGAGAGGGAGGCGUAAAUGAUUGUAUUUUUGAGUAUUUAAUUAUGUAAUAAAAACGAAACUAAAUUAAAUGCUGGCCAGCCAACGGCAAUCAGAAGCGCCAAACCAUGUAUGUAAUCAAUAACUGAAUACCCGCAAAGAUGCAAGGAAUUUUGAAUGUAUUUAAUAGAGUACAUUAAAGUAUUUACAUACAUUUUGAAUGAGAUGAGUAGGAAGAAGAGGUGUGGACAGAAGAAUAGAAUGGAUUAAACCAAUUUAUUUAUUUAAUAAUAAAAGUAGAAAUCUUGGAUAAGAAGUAGCAGACGAUGAAGAAAAUGAAAGAGAAUUGUUGCAGAAAAGAAUGAUGAAUGAAGAAUGGAGAAUGAAGAAUAUAGGCAAACUUUACUGGAAAUUUUACACACAAUUGUUGAAUUUCUUUGAAUUUUUCAUUUUAUAAAUGACAUUUAACCGUUAUAUUUUUAUUUGUUACUUUUUGAAGAAAUUCAAACGCUAGUUUAUAACGAAACUACACAUUGAAAAAGAGUAUUUAAGUGGCAAUGAAAUUGAUGAUAAAUGCCGAUUUGCAUGAAGAAAGGAAUAAUAAUAAUAAUAAUAAUAGGACGAAGAAGACAUAAAAUAUAAAAGAAAAUCCACACUAAUACAUUGUACUUUCCGUCUCCAAUCGCAUACAUAAAUACGUACAUUUACUAUGUAUGAAAAUUUGUUAUAUACAUCCAUUUGUGUAAAAGGAUUUCUCAAGUUAAUGAAAACAUUUAUUAAAUGUUUAAGUUAAAAACAUUAUUAAACACUGAUGAUAAUAAAGAAUUCUUGGUCUAAGGAAGACGAAGCACACGAACAAUUGGUUGCGUGUGCGGUGUUGAAAUGAUAAUACAAUGCAAACUGGCGUAAAGCGUGAAACCAUUGCGGUUAAUAUUAUUAGGCGAACGGCUGUUGUGAGCGUUAAUUUUUAGGGAAGCAAAAAAAAACUACGAAAACAUUAAUGUUAAUUCAAAUCAAGUAGAGGGGAAAUGAGGACUAAAUUGCAUUUAAAAAAAAAAAAAACAAGAAAAGAUAAACAGUUAUUUUUAAUUUGGAAAUGAGAGUUUGUUUUACGACCAAGCUAAGCUAGCAAACAAAGAAAGAGAGGAGGUCCAAACAAUAAUGAGAUGGCAGUAGGCAUGCAAGCAGUAGUUGAAUACUUGAGUGAAUAUAAGCAAAAAGGGGGGCGUAAGGACAUGAUGAAGUUGGAGAAAAUGUUAACCGAAGAAAUGCUAAAGGACUCAAUUUUGUAGUGAAAAUUAGGCAAUUUUUGCUAAGAAAGAAAAACAUAAACAAGGAAAAACGAAAUUGUAGAAUUUUUUACAUACAGUGCAGAAAAACAGAAAGUAGGGCAUCGCCGAAAACAAAAAACCAAGAAAAAAAACAAAGAAAACUAAAAAGCUAUAAUUUGAACGAAAACGUUGAAACGUCAGAAGGAGCAAAGCGGAAAAACGGAGUAAACUGAAAUUAGUAGUAGAUUAGUAGUAGUAAAAAGGGAAUAAGUGCAUAGACUAGACUUAUGUAAGGUAAUUGCUGUAGCAUUAGUCUAACCAUAAGAAAGAGAGAAGAAGAAAAAAUUGUUUCUAUUUUUAAACUCCCUUCAGUAACUUUGCUGUAGCUUUAAGUGUAUUUUGUUAAGCUUUAGCGUCCUCUUCUUAAUUAAGUAUUAGUAAGACUCUUUUUUUAGUCUUAGUCAGUAACUAAGUAUAUUUGAAUUGAAUUGCAUUGAAGGUAAAUGGAAAGACAGAAGUUAUGGGCACGUAAGAGAAAAAUAUUAAAAUAUGUUUGUCAUAAAUGAUAGCAUACUUUUAAGACUGCUGCGGUGUUGUUGGAAAACACCUUACAGUUUAAUACAGACUUUGGCUCACUAAUUCGAUUACUUUGAAAAACUUGUUUUUUUUUUGUGGUAUUCUGGCGUUAUGUAUUUGCUUUUAAUUGCUUCGAUUUUUUCGUAGUAUGUGGAACUAGUUUCAACCUACGUAAACCCAAGCUGCACCCUUUGUAUACCAAAGCAAAGGCAAGUCGCGCUGAAAUGUUCCCUACAUUGUUUUCCAAUCGCAGUGCUUUUUAUGAACCAAAAAAUAUACGACUUUGAAGACAUUGAAAAGAAAAAAUGUUUGUUUGCAAAAAUAAAACUUAGAAACGUGAAAUAUUAACAAUCAUAAAAAAUGUAAAUUGAGUAGUCGAUCUAACAACGCGAAACAGUUUAACUGAUUUAGGAAUUAAUUAUAUUCACGCAUAUUAAGCAGAAACUACUGAAGGAGGUAACCAAAUCAAAUGAGGUAACCAGCAACAGUUAUUUUAAGCGGUUUUCGAGUUUAAUGAGCCAAAGUCCAUUAGGAUUUCAAAGUAGCAUAAGUGCAGAGGCGUGUAAAUUCUUUUUAAUUAAUUGUAAACUAUUAAAAUUUAUUGACCGUUAGAUGGUAAAAUGUUUUGUAAAUUUUCUUAAAUACAUAAUUACUAUUUACUUUA